GAUUGGACUUACGCACAUGUUGCUAUCAUUUAACAAUCAGACAGAGAUUCCCUGUCUCUGUGUCUCUUGUCUGAUAGUCCCUUACAAAAGGAUUGUACUCCUCAACCAUAAACUGCAACUCAGUUGUGCUUUUUACCUGUUUCCACCGAGCAGCAGCCUCAGAUCAGAUUGAGUAGUAAAGAUGUGCCGUGGAUUAGUGCUACUGUUCUUGGUUUUGGUGCUUGAAACCCGAUGGAGUGAAUCCAGCUGUCAGCAGCCAGAGUCGCAAAGAUCAGCUUCAAACGAGAGUCCAAGUUUUCGGCUGUCAGCUCAUAACUUGCUAAAGAGAUACAAUGACAUUGACUAUGACAGUUUUGUUGGAUUAAUGGGACGCCGGAACGCCGAUGCAGAUGAUAGUAUACCAUCCCAACGUAAAAGGGAAAUGCAUGACAUCUUUGUUGGGCUCAUGGGUCGACGAAGCUCCGACUCUGAUGCUGGGCGUCCGUGGAGGAAAGAGUAUCCAGACGCGAAUGGAGGAGGCAUCUUCUUCAACAAGUGCAAACUGAGGUUUCGUCGUGGAUUAUAGGCAUUUCAUACCCAGUCAAUCGUCUGUUCGACCCUGUCAAGACAGCUUCUUUUCAAAGCAUUUCUUCGGAGUGACAACAAAAAGUAAUAAUUUAUUUUACGAACCUGAUAGAGCAAAAGUAAAUUUAUAUAAAAUUAAUCAAAUAAACAUGAUUUCCUAUAGUGUGCCCGUUUCAUAUACUGCAAAUGAUACAUUUACAUAGAUUGUACAUAGCCACAUCUACAUAAUUUAUGUCCGCAUUUAAAUAUCUUUAUCGAAGUCAUUCAAAGUUAUUUUUGCCUCCUAAUGACUAAAACAUGAUUUUUGUAAAUAAAAACAUGAUUGAUCAGAUCUCA